AGCCGCGGGUGGAGAUGCGCUUCUGGACUUGGUGGCUUUUGGCGCUGCUUCUGCAGGCCCUGCCGCCCGCCGGCGCCUCGGAGGACUCCAGUACAGCCGGUCCUCCUGGCCCUGGGCCCAGGCACUGGAGCUAUGCAGACAAGGCACAGUGGGCAUCCAAUUUCCCCGACUGCGGGGGCAGCAUGCAGUCACCAAUCAACAUUGAGACGUCCACCACCCUCUUUGCCCCCCAGCUGAAGCCCUUCCAGCUUUCUGGUUACAACCUGCCCCCCGAAGAGACACUCAGCCUCCAGAACAACGGGCAUACCAUCGUUCUGGGCCUGCCGGCCAACGUGUCUAUAUCCGGAGGUGGGCUCCCAGAGGCCUACCUGGCGGCCCAGCUGCACCUGCACUGGGGGUCCCAGGGGGGGCCUGGCUCUGAGCACACCGUGGAUGGCCACCACUUUGCUGGGGAGAUUCACGUUGUCCAUUACAACUCCCGCUUUGGCGGCAUCAAGGAGGCGGCAAGGGAGCCAGGGGGCUUGGCUGUGCUGGCUGCAUUUCUGCAGGCUGGAUCAGAGGAGAAUGAAGCUUAUCAGCACAUCCUUGAAUCUUUGGAUGAGGUCCAUGAGGAAGGAGAGGAAGCCUCAAUAGCGGGGUUUGAUAUAGCCAAGCUGCUUCCAGACAACCUCCACUUCUACUUCCGCUACAACGGUUCCCUGACCACACCGCCUUGCUAUCAGACAGUGAACUGGACCAUCUUUAACCAGACGGUUCUGCUGUCCCAAGGGCAGAUCUCAGUGCUGGAGGAAAGUCUUCUUGGGGAUGAGGAGGAGCUGAUCCAGGGCAACUUCCGCCUGCCCCAAAGCCUGCAUGACCGGAGAGUGCUGGCCAGUUUCCUGAUGCCCCCUACAGCAGCAGCAGCACCGCCAGCUGCUGAGCCACCAGAUGGCGGCAAGCAGGAAAGCGCCUCCCUCCUCACAGGGGAGCUGCUGGCUAUCGUGUUUGGGGGGCUCUUUGUGGUCACCGCCGUGGCCUUCCUCCUCUAUGCCCGCAAGCACCGCCAGAGGCCGGACGCCCCCGCAGCCAAGCCCAGCCGCAUCUACCUGCCCGCCACCCCUGAGGAGCCCACCGGCGAAGGAGACGCAAGCCAGGCCAGCUGA